GCAACAUGUACAUUCCUGUUCAAAUCCUUGACUCCGUGCAACCAUCCCUUUACAUUCACACCGCAGACACACAGUCAUUGAAGACCCACAAAAACAUAAUCUCAAAAUCUGUUUAUACAGGCACUGAAAGGAACAAGAGGGAAACUCUUAGGUCAUACCAGGACUCAGGCAGUAGUCACAAUCUGUGUGUGAGAGAAAGGGUGGGGUCUCCAAAGGAACAGAUUGUGACAAGGGUAAUUAUUUUAAAAAGCAAUACAUUAUGCACAGUUUCUAACAUGAUUCACAGGGAGAGGUAAGUUUUGAUUUCCUAGUUUUUUAAAACUUUCGAUUCUGCUUUUCUUCCCAGAAAUUGGCCAAUUUAGAGGUUCCACCCAAAUCCGUCUCCCAACAGCCAGUCAUGGACCCAGUGGGAGGUCCGAUGUACUGAAGAAGGAAUGUUUUGACUUUCAUUUCCCUCUCGCCCUCACUUUUUUUUUUCAUCUGGCGAAAUUUCAAGGUCGAUCCUUCUAUUUAACCUGGUGCCUGUUCGUGCAGCCUUCACUUUGCGAAGGAAAAGCAGAAAGGUAAGUGUCGCGAGCGGUUGAUCUCCGCAAGGAAGAAGGAGCCUCCGACGGGCUUGGCGUCGCAGCAAAGAAAUCCUGCGCUCAUUCAAGAGAUCGAGGAGACUCGAAGCGCUGCCUGAGUUUCGGCAAGCGAAGGGGGAUGAGGGAGGGACGCCCAAGAAACGGGUCGCCUGCAGCAGGAUCGGACUGAUGCGUUUCCUCAGGGGGUCUUGGAGUGCUAAGGCUGCAAUCCUAUGCACGCUUACCUGGGAGUAAGCCCCAUAGAACUCAGUUGGGCUUACUUCUGUGUAGAGGCGUGUAGGAGUGAGUAGACCGUUGGAGCUAGAUUAGCAUUGGUUUCUCACUGUAAUGCUGCUUUCUUGUUGCUUCCCAUAGUAUGUUUUCCCUCCUCAUCAGGGGUUGGAGAAGAAAAUAUUCUCUUCAGCUCUAUUCCAAGGGCCUUCUCCUUCCUUGGAGGUUUUUGAACAGAGGCUGGAUGGCCACCUGCCAUGGACACUUUAAAUAUAGCCUUCCCCUUUCAGAAAUGGGAUCUGCCUUUUUUAAUUCCAUGAAAUUCUAGAUUUUGGUUGCGACGGUAAUGCUAGAACUUUUUCUUCAAAUAGCCAUCACUUCUCUUGUUUUCAUCGAGUUUUUGAAGGUAUCUGAUACAUCUUGCUUUGUUUGUAGCAUGUCUGCUCUAGGUACUUCGGGUGAAAUUUUGGAAUGGUUCCGAAACAAAAAAAUACAGAUUUCUGCUGCUAUCAAAGACUCAUUUCCCUUUUUCUUUAUCCUGCGAGACAAGAAAAUAAUAUCUGAAGAGCAGUUUAAGGUGACUAUUAUAGACAUUGAAUUUAUUUUUUUAAGUUGUGUCUGGGGUUUCGGAGUUCAUCUAAGCCAGGAUUGGAGAAUCUUUGGCUUCCCAGAAGUUGAUGGACUGCAACUCCCAUCAGCCCUAGCAAGCAUGGUCAAUGGCCAGGGGUGAUGGGAAUUCUAGUUCAGCAACAUCUGAAGGGCCAAAGAUUCCCCACAUCUGUCUGAGCUUUUCCUGGAGCAAAACCUGACAUUAUAGGACCAUUGUUCACAUGUCCGCCCAGCUAGUAUAUAAAGCAAGGGGUGGGAGACGUCUUAAUUUAACCAUCAGCAAUGUAUAAGAAAGGGAGUGUUGAACUCUCACUGCCUGUUUUUUAGCUCCUUGGAAUCGGUUACUUUUUCCUUUUCCUAAUACUUGAAGCCAGCCAAUAGCGGAGGAAAAUGGCUGAAGGGAAGGUAGGAAACAAGUGGAAAGUUGCAGCAGCCUUCUCCCAUGUGCUGCUUUUAAUGGCAGGGACACGGGUGGCACUGUGGGGUAAACCACAGAGCCUAGGAUUUGCCAGUCAGAAGGUCGGCGGUUCGAAUCCCUGCAACGGGUUGAGCUCCCAUUGCUCGGUCCCUGCUCCUGCCAACCUAGCAGUUCGAAAGCACGCAAAUGCAAGUAGAUUAAUAGGUACCGCUCCGGCAGGAAGGUAAAUGGCGUUUCUGUGCACUGCUCUGGGUCACCAGAAGUGGCUUAGUCAUGCUGGCCACAUGACUGUACACCAGCUCCCUCGGUCAAUAAAGCGAGAUGAGCGCCACAACCCCAGAGUCGGCCACGACUGGACCUAAUGAUCAGGGGUCCCUUUACCUUUACCUUACCCAUAUGGCACAGGGCAAAUGGUUGCAGCUGUGGCAUAGGGAGAUGUUAUACGUGAUUCAUAACCGGAAAGGUUUUCAGGGUAGCAGGAGGAACAUAGCAUGAGAGACAACCAAGUGUAGUGAACAGUGUGUUAGACUUGGAUGCCAAGAUCUGGGCUCAAACUCCAUUCAGUCAUAGUGUCCACAGAGUGAACCUACGCCAGUGGUCCUCUUCCAGCAUAACUUCCCCUCUCCAUCCUGAGAGCCUUUAGGAGAGGUUGGGAACAACAGCAACCAUUGCACAGGAGGAGGAACCUUGAAAGUUAGUGUGGGAUAUGACCCAGCGAAAAAGUGAAGAAGAUGCACUCCUUAACAGCAGCAGGUUGUGGCUUGUUUCUGAAAAACAAGAGGUCACAUGCCUUGAAGCAUUCUUUGCCAUUACUGUAAUACAAAAUAUAGGAGAGGGGUUUUAGCUGUGCUGGGCCUUGGAAUUUGAAUUAAAUUUGAUUUCUUUGCUUAUGCUAGGUUUACCAUCUUGGAUAUGACGGGGAAAUGGGAUACUUACUAUAUAUGAGUUUAAAAAAUCCUUGUGUUGUUGUUGUUUUUUCUAGAUUUGUUCUGAGCAGGUAUCGUCAAAUGCAAAUGCUCUUCAAAGAGUGGUAUACAAUGUACUUGAAAGCAUGACAAACAAUGUGUCAGCAGUAAAGGAGAUUUUCUGCCCAGAGAACCUGGAAGCAUAUCAAAAUUUAAAACCAAUAUACGAAAGCCUAGAAAAUGGUAAGUUAUCUUGUUGGCUGUGCUAAAUCUACCUAGCAAACAUAAAAGAUAAAUAGUCAAAAGGAAAGAAAAAUCAUCAGAUUUUAUUGAGAAAUGGUGUAGUGGUGAGUGUUUGAGCCACGGAAUAUUCCCAACCAUGCAUUCCCUUUGUCUCAGCCCUCUGCCUGCCAUCUGCUGGCGAAUUUAUUAUUAUUCUGUUUAUUUGAAAGUACUUAUUGUCUGCUUUUUACAGUGAAAAAUAAUAUGGUGGUUUACAAAAUAAAACCAGUACACUAAAACAACAAGAAAACAUAAACUAGAAUAUUUAAAGUUAAGUAAUACCAUUACUAAGGAUCAGCGCCCAGGAAUGCCUAUUUAAAUUGUAGGUUUUUACCAGCUUUCCCCAUAAGUGCUCAUUUUGUCUCUAAGGUAAGGUUAUUUGACUGUGUCAGAAUAUGGUGCUGUAUCCUAGUCAUCAUAAGACGUAUGUCUGCUUGAUAUGGCAUGUCUAGAAUAUCCUCCUUACUCGAGGGGCAUCCAACUUUGACAGUGAAUGGGCUGGAAUAUGUGAAAGGAGGCUUUGUCCUAAACAGUGGCGGAGCUUCAUGCUCCAGCACCGGGGGGGGGGGGCGGAGAGCAGGCCGGGGCGGGGCUGGCGUGCAUCCUGGGGGUGUGGUGUGCCGCCUGUGGGGGCGGGGCCACAAUGGCACCACACUGGGAUUGCGCUGCCAGGGGCGGGGUGCUCCUCCCACACUCCUCUUCCUCCGCCAGUGGUCCUAAUCUGUUCAGAGCCUUACAUGUCAACAUCAUCACCUCAAACACAGUUCAGUAGCAAAUAGGCAAUCAGUGCUGUUCCUCCAGCACUGUUGAUAUAGAAUCAUAGAGGUGGAAGGGAUCCCAAGGAUCACUUCGUCCAAUGCCCUGCAAUUCAGGAAUCUCAACUAAAGCAUCCAAGACAGAUGGCCAUCCAGCCUCUGUGAUGUGUAUACAUGGAAGGAUGCUGUACAGUGGUACCUCGGGUUAAGUACUUAAUUCGUUCCGGAGGUCUGUACUUAACCUGAAACUGUUCUUAACCUGAAGCACCACUUUAGCUAAUGGGGCCUCUUGCUGCCACCGCGCCGCCAGAGCACAAUUUCUGUUCUCAUCCCGAAGCAAAGUUCUUAACCUGAAGCACUAUUUCUGGGUUAGCGGAGUCUGUAACCUAAAGCAUAUGUAACCUGAAGUGUAUGUAACCCGAGGUACCACUGUACUAAGCAUUUUGCACCAGCUGCAGUUUCUUAUAAACCAUAAAUGAUUAAAUCAGCGAUCUCGAAUCUUUGUCAACUACUGGAUACAUUUUCAGUUAUGAGAGUGCUAGGGGCACUGGUCACAAAAUGGCUGCCAUGGGGGAGGGUGGCAUAGCACAAAAUGGCUGUCAAGGGGAACAUGGCAUAACACACAGUUAGAGAGACAACCACCCCCAAUAAUCUCAUGCUUAAAAUCAGGACUGGCUCAGAGCAUUUUGCAGCUUUGGGCAAAACAGGAAAUGUCACUAGCCCUUACUCUUUGUCAGAACUCUUGUCACCUGCUCCUCCCCUAUAUGCCACACACCCACCCCAAGCAGAAGGCCGUAGAGGAGAGGAGUGGGCAGCGGAGAGCAGGCAUGGAGGUGGUGGGUGAGGGUGUCACAAUGGGCAGGUGAGGAGGAGGAGGAAGCAGAGGGCAGGAGUGGAGGCUGGAUAUACCACCUGAUGCAUUUGCCUCACCUUACCUCAUUGGCAGGCUGGACCUGCUUACAAUGGGAAGUCAGCUGUGUGCUGCUGGUACUGAUUAUGAUUAUUGAUUUUACAUAUACUGAUGCUGUUGCUGUCCAUAGUAUCAUGAAAAAUAUACAAGGUAGCCCCACCAGUCUUGUUUGCUUAGAAAGCACCUGCACAUUUUGUUGCAUAACUUUUUUUUUUAGGAGGACUAGAAACUUACUUAAAACAAGAGCAAUGAAAGCUCAAAGUCAGAGGACCUUUCCCUGGGGCGCCACUGGAAGCCUUCCCAGGUGCCGUGCCAUGUUGCUGACCCCUGAAUUAGAUGUUCACAACACAUUUUAUCCAUUUAAUUUAAUAGUAAGGUGCUAAUGCCCUUGUUUUCUUCACACGCUUUCUUUUCAGUUCUCCAGCAUGCUACAAAUAGCUUUGCCACAGGACCUGGGAGCAAGAACAUACUCCAGACAAAGAAGAACAAUUCUGAAUUCUCUGCACCGAAAGGUGAAUUUUACAUGGGUCUCUAAAUGUUUCUGAGGCAUAGACUGUGGGAAGAGAAAAAUACAAUAAUAUAAGGCAGAACUCCCCAAACUUUCCACCUACAAGACCUACCUGAGAUGGAUGAAAAUUAGAGACCCUCCAGGUAGCCUUUUUAUUGCGCAUUCCUGAUGAUUUGUGCUAAUAGGGCUAUUGGGACAGUCAUAUGUGUUCCUGCUGUCAGCAUUGUUUGCGCUUGCUGAAGCUGGAGGCAGUUGCACUGUUUUAUUUUAAGUCAGUGCAUAGCCUGUAACUUCCUUCUGAAGUUCUAUAACUUUUUAUGUCACAAAUGUUCUGCUAUAUUUUUGUGAUGCUUUUGUUGCGCUAUAGCACCUUUGGACAGCAAUAACGUGGUAGCAUUAAGGAAACAAAACACAGCAAGCUAAAGCAGAAUAAACCCACCAUUAAUGGACUAUUAUUGUGUCAAGAAUGUGUUGCAGAAUGCACCCACAAUAAAACAUCUGCCUGGAGGGGCCCUUACUGAGGCCCACUAGUCUCAAAAUGCUGGCAAAUGGAAACAGAGUUGGCAUAAUCAGCUGCCAAUUGCUGACUGCAUUUUCAACUGAUACCUAAUCCAUCUUUGGAAAUUGAAAACACCAUUUUCCUUAUGGCAAGGAGUUCCAUAUUCCACCUUUCCCUAAGCCAAGUACAGUACAGCCAUUUUCUCAGGAGGUAUUGUGACUAGUCUUCUCAUUUUAGGCAGAAUUUGCUGACCCAUAAGAACUAAGUGAGAAGGUUGUUCAAAAAUUUUCUUUUUUGUUUCAGGUUUUCCCUUUCUCCUUACACCCAAGUUUGAUCAAGAAAUGGCAGAACCUUAUAAAAAAAAAUAUUUUUCAGAGGGAGAAGCCUCAACUAGCUAUCAAGGUAUUGCAUAAAAAUACAUGGAGCAGGGUGGGCACUUCUGAACAUAAUUUUAUAUGAAGAGGUUUUUCAGUUUUGAUAUUCAUGUUUCAUGGCAAUGACGGUAUAUAAGCAUUGGAUAAAAUUAGACGAGAAUAUGUUAAAUUUGUGGAAGGUAUUAUUGUCUUGGGAGGAAAAAGGAUACUUUAGAUAAUGCAAUUUUUAAAAUAAAAAUGGUAAUCCAGUUUCCCAGGAUCAACUAAGACUGGACACAGGAGAUUUGGGAUGGCUUCACUUACAUCAGUUGAGUUAGAUCCUGCUAAAUUAGGGUAUCUAGGCACCAGAUCCCUUACCAGAUUUGAAACUGUUCUGUUAAACCAAGGAUCUGAAGGUAAAGUAUUGAUAUAAGAGAUUUGUGGAGAAUUGUCGGAAAUUUCAUCCAGCCCAUUAAGAAGCCCGAAAAAUAUCUGGGAGGCAGACAUAGGAUGUGAAAUAAAUGAUAUAAAACAGAAAAGCGUGUGAACCAUUAAAACCAGCAGGGUCUAUUGCUGCCUGCAUAGUGCAGAAUACCACACCAGAGUCUCCCAUAGGUGGUACAAGGCUCCAGUUUGCUAGCUAUCAUAUAUUACCCUUUGUCUAGCUGUAGUGUUUUGGCUGAGCUGUGGUCACUCGGUAACAUAUUUCAAUCUUUGAUGGGAAUGCCUGAUUGUCAAAAACUUUUAGUCUGACAUAUAUUAGGAAAUCAGUAGUAUUAAUCAGGAUCCAAUACAAAUUACACCCCAAUUGUAACUAUUUUUAGGACAUUUAAGAUGAACAUAAAACCAAACAUUUUGCUAAUCUUUCUGCUAGUUGAAGCUAGGCUGUCUAUCACACAGUUGUGGGAAGCCUUGAAAGACCUUAAUAUUUCUUUUUGGUAUAAUAACAUUUGGAAUAUAGUCAUAUCUGAGAAGCGAACAUACCAGUUAAGAGUAUUGAAAGGUAUUGAAAACCCAGUGACUUUGUACUACUUGGUGAAACUUGACACUGACUGAUGCUUUUAGUAUGGGAUGCUUAUAUGUAGUAUGUAUGAACUUUAUGAAGCAAUGUAUGGGUUUUUCCAGAUUUCUCUUUUCCUGUUGUUCCCUGUAUUGUGUUUCCUUUCAUUGUUUUUGUAAUUAAAAAACGCUAUUUUUAAAUGCGUAAUACACAACUGCACUGCUGGCCUGGCACUAUGAAGGCAUUCCAUGGCAUUUGGGUGGAAUCUAGGUAAAGGUAAAGGUACCCCUGCCCGUACGGGCCAGUCUUGACAGACUCUAGGGUUGUGCGCUCAUCUCACUCUAGAGGCUGGGAGCCAGCGCUGUCCGCAGACACUUCCGGGUCACGUGGCCAGCGUGACGAAGCUGCUCCGGCGAACCGGCACCAGAGCAGCACACGGAACGCCGUUUACCUUCCCGCUAGAAAGUGGUACCUAUUUAUCUACUUGCACUUAAUUGUGCUUUCGAACAGCUAGGUGGGCAGGAGCUGGGACCGAACGACGGGAGCUCACCCCGCUGCGGGGAUUCGAACCGCCGACCAUGCGAUCAGCAAGUCCUAUGCGCUGAGGUUUUACCCAUAGCGCCACCCGCGUCCCUGGGUGGAAUCUAGCCACAUAUUAAAAAUGUGAAAAUUAUUUUUAAAAAAUUUUUUUUUUUGAAAAAUAUGUUGAAUUUGCCAUAGCUCACCAUCACCAUCUAAUGUCACAUUUGUACAAUGUGCUUUACAACACACUUAAAACGUUUUAUUUGCAGCUGUAUAGCUGAGUCCUUGGUUCCUCUUUUUAAAAUGAGUGAAAAAGGGAUAACAAUUCCCUACUAAAUGGCUUCUUCUUUUUCUUCAGGACUGAAAGUUGCUGGUGCGACAGAAAGCAUGGCAAAAAUGUCUCCAGGACCAACUAACACCUGUUUGAAAAUGGGUGGUACUCCGAAAGGUAAAGAAGGUGCAAUGGUAUAGAUUCCUCAUAGGUUCUCCAAACUAACCCCUUCCACAGUUCUCCAAAAGCAGCUUUGGCAUACACCCUACAAACUGGGUGUGGACAUUGUCCAUAUGUCCUUUACCUGCACCCUGGUUCCUAACUGCCAUUUUGCCCACUUCUUUUUAAAUGCCUGCCUCCAUUACCUAGUUCCCUGUUUUUGUUGUUGUUUUAACUGCAUGCAUGCAAUGUUAGCCAUUACCAAUAGUUACAGGAUCCUGUUAUGAUGACUAUGGAGCUCUAUUCUUGCUAUGUCUUGAAACCUGACCCCUUGACCCUAUGUGAGUUCAAGGAACUUGCUUCACAUUGUGGUUAUAUUCUGCAACCUGACUUCUCAGUUCCCAGUUCUCUUAAGAGUUUGCACACAUAGAGUUGCACCAGGGCAUCUGCGCAGAUGUGCCAGUAUAUCUCCAUGGCGGAGUCAUAAUUUGAGUUAUGCUGGCAAUGUGGAGCUUCCACCAUAUCCUGUAGCUUUCCAGCCAUUGUAUCUGUCGGGGGCUGGUCUGAAUAUGAUGCCAGAGACUGGUCUGACUCCGAAGAUGGGGGAAUGCAGUCACAGACAGAGCAGCCUCUAACAGAGGAGGAGGGGGAGGAUUCGCCCCGCCCGCCUUCCAUGUUCCCAGAAGCAGAGAGACCAGAAGAUUCAGAGGCUGAACAGUAGGGGGAAGAGCUGGACAGCUUUGAGAUAGUAGCUAGGCAACCAGGAGGGAGGGAGCAUUUAGGAGAUUCUUCAAUCGAGUGGUGGGGAAGUCCAUCCCCCCCAAACUCGGAGGACUAAAAGGGUCCAGGAACAAUGGAAGCGCAGGGGCGGGACAGGUGACCGGUAGUGUGCUUCUUGCUGCAGAAGAGGAGUGGAUUCAGAGUGAGCAACUGCCAUCCAUGGGGAGGGUGGUUUGAUGCUGCUCUCAAUAUGUCGUUAUAAAUAAAACGGACUAUAAACCUGCCAGAGGCUCAUUACUUUUUAUCAGAAACUACUGGAGGGAGGGGAAACUCCCUUGCCUGCCAACAUACCUGACAGUAUCUUUGGUUUAGAAUUGUGUCCCAAUAUAUUUUCAGGUGAUAUGAAAUGCUACUUCAUGCCACAUCUUAUCAGCAGAAUCUGUAACUUGGUAAGACUGCUGUCAUUUUCUGGAAACCCAAAAUAUGGAAAUUGCAGCAUUUGACAUCAAUUUUUUGAUUUCCUCUAGGAAAAGGGAUACAAAAUAUUAUAAAAGACAAGCCGAGUGUCCAGGGCUCAACAGUGAUUGUUACUUGUGGAAAAACUAGAGGUGUUUUAUAUAAGGAAAAAUUGGCAGCAGGUAAACAUUGUUUCGAAACAGUUUAAUUGUAUGUGUAAUUACAUAUUUUAAGAGAAUUUUAUAGCAAUAAGAAGUUAAAAUCUUUGUGUUUGUGCCCAUGAGUGUGUUGGGAGAAAGAUGCAUCCAUGUGGCAGUAUGUGGGUGUAAUUGUAUGUUUGGGAACACUUAAAUAGUCUUGUAGGAAAUUGGUUUUUUAUUUCCCACUGAAUCCUGGGUAACUUGGAGUAAUUCUAUCUAUAUCACAAUGGGAUUUUCAGUACUUUUAAAUCCUUCAAAUUACAGUUCAGAAAUGCAUGCUUAAAUGAUUUUUUCAACUUAAAAAAAUUAUCACAAAACAGUAUUGUAUUGUAUUCUUCCACUUUAAUUGGUGCAGCAUAUCAUUUGUGUAUUAGACUAUGUGUGGGAAAACAUUGGCCCUCUGGGUGCUGUUAGCCCUGAUCAUGCUUGCUGGGGCUGAUGGAAGUUGUACUUCAAUAACAUCUGGAGGGCCAAAGUUAGACUGCAUUAAUGCACUGCAGUUACAUCAACCCAUAAAUUGUGAAUUGAAAAUAAUUGGCAAUUUCUCCAUAUUUUAAAAAAGAAAAAAGACAACUCAAUGUAUAUAACCAUUUGGUGCUACAGUUUUCAGGAUCAUUCUUAUUGGGCGGAGAAAAUUUGCCCCCCACUUAAAUUAUAAUUAUACCAAAUGAACAUUGGAAGAGAAACAUAUUUCACACUUCAUGUAAUUAAUGCUAUUUUUUACUGGUGGUAUUAUCAGGCCCAGUGCUUGUGGUCAGCCAUGUUGGGCACUGGCCAAAGACUCCAGGGCCUCUGACCAGACCAGCCUUUUGCCCAAAUACUCACCUCCAUGCUCAGGUAGUGGUAUGUGUGCACUGCUUACAGCCAAGGUUGUCCCCAUCUACAGUGACUUGCUAGACACUCACCUCACUGCUCAGAGGAGUGCUCUGUGCGAGGUGUCCGAGAAAAUGGCUGCACUGUUACAGUAGUUUGCCACUGCAGCUAGAAAAUCUUUUAAAGUAUUUGUAGCCACCAUUGGCCCUUUAUCAGAUCUCAAAUGUGGAGGAGAUGAUAGAUAAUCCACCACCACUUAUGCUACUUCAGGGGACAUGGAAGGAAGCAGGAGGGAUGGGGGUAGCAAGAGGGAAAGAAGAAGAAGAGUUUGAAUUUGAUAUCCCGCUUUAUCACUACCCAAAGGAGUUUCAAAGUGGCCAACAUUCUCCUUUCCCUUCCUCCCCCACAACAAACACUCUGUGAGGUGAGUGAGGCUAAGAGACUUCAGAGAAGUGUGACUAGCUCAAGGUCACCCAGCAGAUGCAUGUGGAGGAGCGGGGAAGCAAACCCGGUUCCCCAGAUUAUGAGUCCACCGCUCUUAACCACUACACCACACUGGGACUGGAAGAGGAUAGUGUUGCUGUUGCCACAAAGAGAAGGACUGGGACAGGAGCAGAGACUCCGCUUCCCUGUAGUCUGGUGUUGGCCCUGAGCAGGUCCCGUGCUGAAAUACAUUUCUAGUAUUGAUUUUUUCCAAUGUAAAUAUUGGAAAAGGGGCUGCAGGUGGCAAUUUCUUUCUCCCUCUAUUGAACUUUGCUGAAUGGGACAAGCUUGCAGCACUGGUGUGACUUCUCUGUUACAGGAGCUACACAGAAAUGUAUCAAGAAUGUUAAGGGAACAUGGUUCACGCCACAAGAAUUUCUGAUUGAAGGAGAAAUUGGAGGUACAAACUGGAGAAGAAGUAUCCGCUAUAUGGGGGCUCCUUUAGAAACAUUAAUAAAGGUAUGCAGUUCACUUCUAUUGGCUAUAAUUUUAAUGCCUCGUUCUUUACUUGUAAUUACAAAGGAAUUUCAAAUGAUGCUACCACGGCUUUCCAUAUAUUUAUCCACACAUAUCGUUCCUGUUACAAGGACAAUAUCCUGUAUUGUAAGUGAAUAGCAGCACAAAUUGUUUUAUGAAAAAGCCAUUGUCUAGAUUCUAGAAUGCCCUAAGACAAGAGCUGCCCACAGACAGGUGAUAGGUUGCCUGCAAAGGCCACCACUGGUUUCCCUGAACAGACACUGCUGAGUGUUGACUUUUCAUUUUUUUGAACAGUAAGGCUCCAGCUCUUCUAGAAAAUCAGUUAUGGGACAAAACGUGCAGAUACCUUCAAAGCAAUUUCAGUGAAAUAAUUUGAGUGUGGUGUGACUACCUUGUAUACAUUUCCUGUUGCUGAGGAAUGCUCUCUGUUGCUAUUAGACAGCAACAGCAUCCAUAUGUGUGUAAAAUAAAAAUUCUGUGAUCUUCACAAUCAGAACCAGUGGGACAUAGCUGACUUCCUAUGGUAUUCCAUCAGGUUGCUGGGGAUAGCUAUCUUUCUUAUUUUGUUUUAUCCCAUUCCACCCCACCCACAAUGGCAACUAUUUUGUGCCCCCAGCACUGUCUCAAAAUUUGAAAUGUACCCACUGAUUCAGAAAGGUUGGCGACUCCUGCCCUAACACAAUGUAGAACUGAGCAGACAUAAGGAUUGUGCCAGCUAAAGGCAAGAUCUGUAUUCCAUGGAACAAUGAUCUAUGGAAGUUUUAUGAUUACAAUAAAGACUAUGUGAUAUUUAUUAUAAAAAUAACAAAAAAAAUCUGAUGGCACAGAUUGAUUAUAGUAUCAGCUUUUCUAGACUGGGAGGCCCCAUCGUUAGAUACGUGAAGUUCGUUCCUCGUUUGCAGGGUAGAGUAGGAACAGAAUCCUCAGUGGGAGGGAUUGUAGGCAGUGAGGUCAGUGGGAAAUUAAAUGCAAAAAGUACAGACCGCGAUAAUUCAAUUAGAGCUAGGAUUGUUAUAUAUUUCAUUACUCAUAGGCCACCUUUCAAGGUUAUCUUUCUCAAGGUGACUUUCAGCAUACUAAAACACAAAAUACUGCAAGCAUAAAAAUCAUAAUCUACAAGACAACAGGUGUGCCAAAUGAGCACCGUGAUGCUUUGCAACAGCUGUGCCCAUUCAUGAAACUCAGUAACAAUCCAUUUCAUGCAGAAUACAUUAGUAAUGCUGAAUUUAUUAUUAUCUGUGGUGGGGUAAGAAACCCCUGUAUCUAUUCAGACCAAAAUGGAAGUAAUUCAGCUUUUCACAUGGGAGCCCAUCUUUGAUGUUUGUUUGCUCAAACAUGGCUAAUAUAAGGUUAUUAGCAGAGUGUUCCAGCAGAAUGAAAUAUUUUCCUACUGGAUUUUAAAUAUAAAUAGCGAGGUGUCAGUAAUAUGUCUCAUUUCCACCAUCUAAUUCAGAUUAUGUUUGGGGAUUCUGUUUGUUCCUCAGAGCAAACCUAAUAAAUGUGAUAUUUAUUUCAGGAUGGCAUGCUACCUGAGCCAGCACGAGCUUCCCCAGGGAGAAAUAAGGUAAACAAAUUGUGAACACUUUUACUAGGUUGAUUGUAGACAAUGCACCAAUCUAAAUGAGCAUCUACACAUUUUAUUUGUCCAUUUAUGCAUUAAGACAUUUCUGUCUUGAUCAUCUCCAUAAAAAUUAAUAUUUACUUCAGAAUAAGGAGGUACAAAACAUAAUAAACAAAAACAUAAAAGCAGUACUAAGAUUCAUAAAUAGCCUGACAAAAAUGCUGAGUUUGUACCUGGUAUCCAUAUGAAUAUAAUAAGGUGGUAAGACUCACCUUAGUAGAAAGGUCAUUCUACAGAUGCAGAGCCACCACCAAAAUCAAUUUAUUAAUUGAUUUCUUCAGAUUUCAUGGGAUGCAUGUCGGUUAAUGUACUAUCAAUAUAAAUGUAUACUGUACUUUAAACAAUAUUGUUCUCUGUCUCUUACUCAGAAUCUGAUCAUAUAUUUGUGUGAGGAAAUGCUGAAGGAAAAUAUCUGCUAUCCCAUGAAACCUUUUCCUCCUUUAUAUCUGGUUCAAUAUAAUUUUCAUACCCUAAUUCAACCCUAAUUCAAAAAGGGAUGCGGGUGGUGCUGUGCGUUAAACCACAGAGCCUAGGACUUGCCAAUCAGAAGGUCGGCGGUUCAAAUCUGUGCAACGGGGUGAGCUCCCAUUGCUUGGUCCCUGCUCCUGCCAACCUAGCAGUUCGAAAGCAUGCAAGUGCAAGUAGAUAAAUAGGUACCACUCUGGCAGGAAGGUAAACGGCGUUUCCGUGCGCUGCUCUGGUUCGCCACAAGUGGCUUAGUCAUGAUGGCCCCAUGUACGCCCUCGGACAACCCAUCCCUUUCUCAACACCCAGUACAGAAACACAAUGAACUGUCAAUGAAAGAAAAGACAGAUCUCUUCUUCCAUUGGCAAUUUGCUGACAGGCCGGAUUGGGAGCCUUAAUGGGCUAUGCCCGUGUCACGAGCACGAGCACAGGUUCAUUAACUUUAAACUGAAACUACUGCUUUAAACUCUUUUCAAUUUUUCUUUUCCAACUGAUGCUCAACAUGGUCAGCUGCUCUGCAUGCUGAGUCCUCAUUGGGCUUUUGGGAGUUUGUGUGUUUGUUCCUUAAAUAUCUUUUUUUCUUCUUCUUCUACAAAUCCCAGUUUCUCCUAAACAUGGUGACGGCUUCCCCUUGUUUCCCAGUGGACCUGUUUAGGCCCUCACCAGCUCAGUUUUCUAUCCCCCCCCCUCUCCUUCAGCGCACAUAAAAAACUUCCAGACAAGCCUGUAGUAGUAGUAUAAAAAUAUGGAUGUGGGAAGGGGAAGGUUGAUCAAGAAAACAGGCAAAGCAGCCUGAAGAAACAAGCUCUUCUUCAUGUGUGCAAUGCAUAAAGGGAGAAAAUAUAAAAUGAAGACAUUCAAAAAUGUUCUUUACUUAGAAGCUGAAAUGUUAGCCAUGACUGUAUAGUGCUACUACUGGUAGUCCGUCCGUGGUGAGUAAUUUUACAAGGACACCUUUGUCUACACACCUAGCACAGCAAGAUGUGAUGCUUUCAGGGUCCAAGAAAUAUUACCUGUUUGCCAGCUUCCUACAUUUCUGUUUUGCCAGACUUGAGAAAACAGGAAGAUACCAAGUGGAUAUUGACAUAUUAAUUGGAUAUCUUCAAUGACCUCUGCAUAAACCAAAGAUAACUUCUACAAGUUAUCUGUUGUAGCAAAAACAAACCAAGUUAGUUUUAAGUUGUUACUGCACACAGGUGUAUAUGUGGUUGUUGAAGAUAUUUUAUGAUAUGCCUGCCAACUGAAAAUCCUUUGUUAAAGUCUUUUAAAACCACCAUUCAGGACCCACUGUGCUCACAAGGUGGUGUACAAACAACAUCACAGAUAAAAAAACCCCUCUCACUCUACCGUUUCAACAAACUUCUUCUUUUUUUUACUUUAGCCAACAGAUGACAUAUGUGAUGUGUGUAUGGAAGGCGGGUCUGAUAUAUGCUGCAGUUUAUGCAAUAAAUCAUUUCAUCUUUCUUGCCAUGUUCCAGAAGAAUUGGCUGUGAAAAGGUACCAGUAUUUGCUUUCCUACUCUGAGUUCUAGAGUAAGGUGAAAUAGUCAAGAAAGUCAGGUGUUGACAACAUCACUCUGUAAAGCCCAGCAAUAACGUGCUAAACUGUAGGCUAGCAAGAUGUAGGCUAGCUCAGCUGUGAACUUUUGUAUUAAUAUAGACAAUAGUGCACUUUGUAUUGCAAAUCAAUUUCACUAUUUUUCUCACAUUAAAUAAGGUACAAGUCUAUAAAAGCAAAACUACACUGUUUAUAAAAUCUUGUAAUGAUAUUUCAUCUCUCCUGUUUAAUGCAUAUUAGUCCUGUUGAAGCUAAACUAUAAUAGCACAGUAGCUUUCAGUAAUAUGUUAUAGCCAAGUGAUAUGUUAUACCACUACUUCUUUUUGUUCCAGUUCAAGAUAGUGUUUAAUAAAAAUGACUAUUAUGAUUAGCCUUGUCAUCGUGUUAGUUCUGGUGCUAAGUAUUUUUCUAAGGAAUGUUAGUUUAAGAAAGUCAUGGUUAUGGCAAACCUUCAGAAAUGAAUAAAUAAAUUUCUACCAUGGCAAUAUUGUCUGCAAAUUGCAUCUAACACUACCAUCAUGCUUUGUACUGCAUUUUUAUAGGUUUUGGAAAUGCACCUUUUGCAAAUGGAAAGGUAACCUUAACAACAAAGAAGACCAGGUUUUAAAGUGGAAAAUGGGUGCCAAGCAAAAAAAUGUGGGUAACGUAAAACCUUUUCCUAUUUCAAUUUAAUGAUAAGCAAAGUAGUAAAAUUAGGGCUGGAACAUCAAUUGCUUUAAAAUUCUAAAUAAAAAGUCUCCUUUUAGCAAGGCCAGCCACCUCUGUCAUAAACUUCCCAAUAUUUUUACCACCAAGACAGCUCUACCUCUCCUUGUGACACCCAAAAUUUGUGACCCAAAUGUGGGAGGAACCCCUGGCAUGUUUAAAAGCAGUGCUGUUGCAGCUUUAAAGAGCUUCACAAGGCUUCAUUUUCCAGUUUCUCCAUCCAGUUCUUCAUUGGACUUGGUUAUCAAACAGCUUGAGUACUUGGUCUGCUACACUGUGUGGCUGCUACUAUUUGCUGGAUGGGCAGUUUUGUUUCAUCUGUAUUGGGAGUCAGGGCACUGCAUCUGGCUGGCCAUUCUACAGAGCAAGAAUGCCAUAUUAAAUAUUUAAGCUAUAAUUAACAGGGAAGGGUGUUGUAUAGGAUUAGCCACUGGUUGAAUAAUUUAUUGAAUGGACAGUGUCCUUUUAUUUGGGGGAAAGAGGAAAUAUAGCUGACUACUGUCUUGAGGAUCUUAGAAGUCAGGAAGGACCAGUUAUCUUUGUGGGGAGGAUGGAGGUGGGGGAAUUGCUAAUGACUGGCCACUGUUAGGUGUACACUAUGUACUCUAGGAGUACAUAGUGAUUGCAACUCACACCUUAUUUCCUCCCAUCUCACAUUCGGCAGCUGUAUUUUUAAUUUUUUGUUUCUGAGAUCUACAAUGAAAGGUUGUAAAUAGAUAGCUAGAUACGUUAGAAAAGAGGGUGCUGGAAAUCCUAGUUGCAUGGCAGCUAACUGGUUAAUACUGUGUUGCUUCAUAUUUUUUUUCCUUUAAAUUCUUCUUUUUCCUUACUAGAACUCAUUCAGAUGAAUAAAAUAAAAUUGAUUUUUUCAGUUUAUUUUGUUUGUUUUAUACACAUGCAAAUUUAAUCAAUUAAGUAACCAACAAUAGUUACCAAUUACAAUUUCUUAAUUCCUAAGUAAAAUCUCUAAAGGAACCAGUAAUAAUAAUUUUGGUGAAUUUGGUGAAAGUUUCAUUCAAAUAGCUGGGACCUGUUUCUAAAUAAAUAUAAUCAAUUUAUGUCUAUCGGCGUGGGCUCCUGAUUUCAUUUGAGGCCCUUGAACAUUGGUUUCUUUUGUUUUAUAGACAUGUGAGUUCUUGCUCCUAAAGAUCUGGUGUGAGCCUGAAGGUGCUGUUUUUGCUGAUGAACCAGUCACAGUAAGUCAUGAGGGCAAGAGUAAAAUAACACAAACCUGGAGCACUAUUGCUGAGAUUGUAGAAAUAUUUCCAGUACUUAUACUAAUAUUGCUUUCUGGUGGUGCUGAUUUAACAGAUCCAAACAUGUGAUGAUAACUAUCCAGAUAACCCCAUGUGGCUCAAGAGGAUUAAAGAGAAGCUGCAUUUAAACCACUACGAAACAGUGGGGGAUUUCAUUGGUGAUCUGCGUCUGAUGUUCAGCAAUUUUCUGCAGUUUCAUCAAGUAAGCAUCAGUCUUUCCCUUCCCUUCAGUUUGUUGCCUGUGAAUGAUAAACACAUGCGAGUGAGGAGGUCAAGUUAGGUUUCUGUUAUACAUUGAAAUUAAAAACCCCAAAAGAAUAAGAGUGAGGAAAAAGUAAAAUAUGAUUCAGUGUGACUCAAUUUCUCUCUGUCUCUGUCCCUCUCCCUUUCAUGUACUCAAACAAAUGACUCUCAUAAUGACCACAGUCACUCAGUGCUAAACCAUCUAAGUGAUCCUCAUGUGUUCCUAAGAAAACCCACCUGGCUCCCUUCUUGUCUUUGAAUGCUUGGAUAGCUGCAAACCUAUGUGUGGGAAGAUCUCAGUAUAUUACUUGUGGAGAAGGAGUUCUCUUCCGGAGGUCUUGAAGCAGAAGCUAGACAGCUGUCAUUGAAAUCCCACUAUCUCAUUGUGAUAAUCUCAUUGUACUUGUACAUAAACUGCCACGAUAACCUGAAAUGGCUAGGACAACAGAAAUAUUUAAACGUUUCCACCAGCUGUAGACAUUUUGAAGAGAAAUGGUAAAAUCUAAAUAAAUUAAGCAACAAGUCACACACAUAUCAAAGCUAAUGUUCUAUUAUAUUUCCCUUACAGGGCCAGGAUGUCACAGAAGAUGGAAGAAAACUGCAAAAUGAAUUUGAAAAGAGCUUCCGAGAAGCGUUUUCUAUUUGUAAAUAGCUGCUUGAGGGCAGCCCAAAUUUACUAAACAAAAUAGUAAGAGAAACUCAACACAAAGUAUCCGUCCAGUAACAAAACAUAGCCUAGAUCAAAAUAUAAAACAAGUCUAAUUUAAAUUCAUGUCAACACAGUCUCAAAUGCAAUCUAUGUAACACAAGAACUCAGUGAAAUGUUACCCUUUUGGCCUAAAUGUUCUCAUUAGGAGUGGCGGGAUUUGUCAUUUUCGGUUCUCUUUUUGUCAUUUUUCCAUUCAUAACUUCAGUUCUCCACAUUUCUGUAGCAAUUUGAGAAUUUUAUUUUUUUUAAAUCCUCAUGAGAAUUCUACAGCAUUUUAGUGCAAAGUAAACACAUCUUUGUAUGCAGUUUUGACCGAAGCGCAUAUUUUUGCAAGCCAUAAUGUAUUUUUUGUAUGUUAUUUGCAAUACUAUAUCCAUUUUAAUGCAGUUGCCCCUAGUAUAUGCAUUUUUGUAAAUUUUCUUUGGUUGGAGAACUGCAUCACAAAAUUCCCCACAGAAGCCACCUUGAAGCCAGAUGUUCGUGUCCAUGGGAGGAAGCUGCUUAGUCUAGAGCUGUUCCAUCUGUCAAUCCUGCUCUCUGCUCAUCUCCACCACAGCAGGAACAAGGAACCAGGAGCAGGUGUUACAAAAGCCUAUUUGCUACUCAUAAGCUCCUGUGGCCAUCAUGGCUCAAGGUACUCACUAGAUGAUUUAUCCAGGGGUAGCAGGUCAAGCAUCUUAACUCCAAGCCAGCUGCUCACCUCUCUGGCCAGGCAGCUUCUGAAAUAAGUACCUGGAGUUGGUUGAAACUAGCAAAACAGUCUUCAGGUGGUAUCACUUCAAGCCAGUUGCUCAGCACUAAGGGCUCGUCCAUUCUUCACUGCCCCACAUCUAGAAAUUAUGGGUCUAAGAGUUUUCUGCUUUCUAGGCACGGGACUGAGCCCUUCCACUUUCCCUGGGGAAACCCACUCUCCACCACUGAAUCAGAGCAAACAUCCAUCCACGGGACUGAUGCUCCGAUUCAGUGGUAAACAUCAGGGUAUAUGGUAAUCGGAAGUGUGGAUGAGCCCUAAGUCAAAACAGUCAGGCUUCUGAUCAACCCACCAGUGAUUAAGGACAAGUCUUUCAUAUCAGAGGAUGUGAUGUCUGGUCUUGGCUUCAUUGUAAACCAAACUGACCCAAACCUUUCAGUGCUACAUAAAGAUUUGGCCUUCACGCCCCUGUGGGAGCUCAUAUGAAAAAGAUUCAGGGGCACUCAUGAUAAGUGGUUUGCUUGACAAGCAAUAGCACUUUCAGAAACACAUAACACAGCAUAAAAGAACCAUCAGAUAUGUCACAAAACAUGACCAAUUUGACAGAGUAAGGUUUCCAUUUAUAUGUGGGGUGGUUUAUUGUCUACUCCACUUGUGAAAUACACUCGGCUUAAAUGCCUGACUCACUGUUUUCAACCAUGUAUUGUUUGUAGGUGUUUGGGAAAUUACAGUCCACACUUGUUAUAAUUUAUUACGGUCAAAGACCAGCUCGCAUAACACAAUAAAAACAGUGUUCAUAAAGAUAAAAUAUACAAUCGGAGCAGAUUGCAGCAAUAGCUCAUGAGUUAAAAUUGAGAUAUAUACAUACACCUGUACAACUGAGAUUUGCGUUACCAUAAAAAUUGACCCUGUGGCACCCCAAAGGGUGACUUCAGCAUUUCCCUAGUAAGCUAUUUUAUUCUAGAGGAUGAUUUGUGCCUACAAAUCUGGGUGCAGAAUCUGGCUACCAGCCAGGUAGCCUUGUGAUCUUUGCCUAAGAGGAGAGAAUUAAGUUUAGACUUGUCUGAAAGAUCGGCGAGCCUCUUCAGCAAAGGAUCAAUGGUGUCUUUACGAAUCUCAACAUAAAAAGGACAUCUAAAAAAAUAUAUGUUUGGGGCUUCCUAUUUCCCCUAAUGGACAGGCGCAAAGUCUCUGUGUGUACAGGACUCUUCUAUAGGAGCCUUCCAGAACUGGUGAGGGCAAGGCUGAGCUUCUAGCAAGAGUAAAAGCCCUUCAUGCAUUUCUGGAUGUGAGGAAAUAGAGAUAUGUUGCUGGAAUGGCUAUGUAUCUCCUGUUUUCUAUGAUUUUAUAAUUGGGGACCCUUGUACAGUCCUGUUGUCUCUCUAUGUCCAUGAAUCUUUGCCUAACCACGGAACUAGCUUGGCCCAGGCCCAUAGUUAAUGAGAGUUUGGGGAGCAAGGCCAGUUUCUGAAGAGUGUUUUAAGACUGCUGUCUGCCAGCCAGACUGAAACUGGUCACUCAGAAUCAAUGGGGCUAUUCCUCGGGGGAGCAGUUUUAGAGUUAGCCACUUAUAUAUUGAGGUUAGACUAAUAUGAGCUUCAACUUUCAUCAUCCCUAUUUCUAGUCUGACCCAUGCAUUUGAAACGCAUCUAGGAACUUGUAGAAGGGCUCUGAGGAGUUUGGAUUGCACUCUUUCAAGGGGAAUGAACGAGGAGGGAGGCGGGCCCAGAAAGGAAAUUACAGUCCACACAUGUUAAGUGUUUGUCCUUGUUUCAUUAUUUUUUUAACCACAGUUCUGAAAACAGAUAAAAUAUUUGUUGAAAAGGAAAAUGGAAAAGGAUGUGGUACCAAAGCAGCCCAGGUCACUUUUUAAAAAUGAAUUGUUGGGCCAGCUUCCGUUUUAUUCCUAAUACACAUCUGCAUUAAUCGAGAAAGGGGAUUUUGCCAAGUUUAAUCACUAGCUUUUGCAUUAGGACUAGGAAAUGUAAUUUUUGUUGAAAAUGUGAAUUGAGCGAGCAACCUGCAAUAAGGCACAUACAUUUGUGCAUGUAAAGAUGUGAAAUAUAGAAGACUUCAUGGAAAUAAAAUAGCUGGCUUUGCACAACUCUAGUUGACUCUUCUUUUCUUGGCCCUUCUAUUUCUUUAGCAGCCAAAAAUUUGACAUAUGUUUUUUCAGUGGUAAAGAUAAGUGGCAGGAAGAACAUCACCUGCUAAAUUAUUCUUUUUAGGCACAGGAUUAGAGGCAAAAAAGAAGCAUCUGCAUUGGGACACCUUCCAGUCUUCCUACCAACUUGACAUCUUGAAUAUAUGUGUGAGAGCAGUUUAAGUGAAAAUAUGGGAAGGGGAGAGGGCUUGUUGGCUUUCUUACUGCCUGAAGAAUAUGCUGUCAUUGGACUAUUGUAGGGUUGCAA